UAUGCUGUAAAGAAAACCGACAAAUAUACUACCUACUUAAGCCUCCGCAUAGUGUAUUGGGAUGCCAAUAUAAUUCUAAGAACCUACCAUUACAAAGACAUGAAAAUUACUUGCAAGAUAUUGUUACUAUAGAGUAUUUAAAUAGAUUAUUACGUAAACGCAAAGUUCAGGAAAGAG